AUGUGGUGUCUUUGUGCUGCCCUGUUGCUGGGCUCGCAAGCAGCUGCAGCAGCUGGGCCUCCUGCCAGCUUCAUGCUCAUUAGCGGGAUUACUUCGCAGGAGGAGAUGUGCCUUGUUGGGUCUGGUGCAGCAGUUUACUUGGAAGCCUGCAGUGAGUCUGUGGCUGCGAUGGAUGGGCGCGAAGUUUGGACUUUGUCGCCUGGCGGCGCGCUGACCAACACUGCGUCUGGCAAGUGCUUGGGCGCCGGCCUCGAACGCGCUGCGUCUGGCGAGGUGUUGAAGCUUGCUGCGUGUGAUAACGCAGGGCCAGAGGCGAAGUGGGAGCUGCAGGGCAACGGGCAGGUGAAGCUUGGCGCUGGUGGGGUGUGCUUGAGUCAGACAGGGCUUGCUCCGCACGUUGCUGAUGCUGCAGCAGGGGCGUCUGUAGUGGCCAGCUCCACGUUGGAUCCUGGGCACGGUGCUGUGUUGGCCGUGGACGGUGUGGCUUCCAGCUUUUGGGCGUCGAAGCUGGACGAACAAGGGCCCGUCACCUUGUCUGUCGACUUGGGAGAGCCAGCGCGUGUGUCUGCAGUUGUUUUGGAUUUUGAGUAUGCGCCGUCAGCUUUUGCGCUGCAGAUCAGCUCUAACGAUGGCCGUUGGACGGAGGUGUAUGCCACAGACUCCAACGCCUUGAAGCGUGUGAAGGUGUCUUUGCCAAACGCAGAGCUUGCGCGUGGGGUGAAGGUAGUCAUGACAAGGCCUCACCCGGCGCACGGCUCAUUGGCUGGUCACACGCUGUACGGAGUGCGGUCUCUGGAAGUGCUUGGGCCAGCGAUGCAAGCUGUUCUAGAAUCCUGCGCUACUGCUGCGAAGAGCGGGGACGCUCGGGAUAAAUACUUUGCAGUGUCUGUGGGAACGUUGGAUACCGGCGCUGGUGCUGCGCUGCGGUCCGAGCUGCCAGCCUUGGAGUCGGCUGACGCUGCCUUGUCAGCUGUAGUGGUGGAGCUGGCGGAAGCCUUGCCUGCGAUCCCAGCGUGCAGCUCAGGCCGUGCUGCGUCCCUACAAGCAGUUUCUGCUUCCGCUGCUGUGCGACGCGUGGCCGCUGACUCUGGUGUGAAGUUGGACGCAGCGCAAAAGGAUGCUCUUUUCCAGGAGGCCAAGCUCACAGUAGUGGCAGCGCGCAGCGCAAUGCAGAAAUGA